AUGGAUGCCAAGCACUUCAGCCACAACCAUGGCCUCGUUCUCCACCACCAACCACCUCACCAAGGGCCCGAAACCCGUUGUUCGGGCUGCAAAACCCCCCUCUCGGGUGAGACCUACGUUUGCUGGCAGUGCAACUAUUUCCUCCACGUGCAGUGUUUUCGGGCUACACGCUCACUCAAACACCCGUCCCACCCCCUUCACCCUCUCACACUUCUCCCUUUCCCUACUUACCCUUCAGUUUCGUUUAUCUGCAAUUUGUGCAACCUAACUGGGGACGGAUUUUCCUACACCUGCUCAGCUUGUCAAUUCGACAUUCACGUACACUGCGCGCAUUUGAAUAAUAAUAAUAAUAAUCCACUCGUGCCAUCUUCCCCAAUUGCUGCUAAUCCGAAUUACAACAACAACAAUCCAAUCUACCCCCCGCCGGCCCAAACAAGCCCUUAUCAGACUUACCCUCCUUCCAACAACCAACACAGUUAUCCUCCUCAACCUCAAAUCACGGCCUAUCCGCCUAAUCCAAACAGCCCUUAUCCCAGCUACCCAACACCACCACCGCCAAACGACACACAACACUACAAUGCAUUUCAUCAAACACCUGGUGUGCACCAAAACCCUGCUUUUCCCCAACCACAUUCAAUUCCACCACCACCACAGCAUUACAUUCCUCCCGCCAACAAUCCUCUGACUAACACCACAGUCCCGACUUACACUACAGUCAUGAACACCACCACAGAUAACCCUCCUCAGCCAAAACCGCCGGCAAACAUAAUUAAGCACUUCAGCCACACCCACGCGCUGAAAUUCAUGGAGAUCGAGGGGAAGAGCUCGAAGAUUUGCUCGGCGUGCGAGUUCCGGCUGUCUGGAUCUGCCUACUGCUGCACGGAGGGGCACUGUCCGUUCAGCCUUCACAAGUCCUGCUACGACGCGCCGCGCGAGUUCCAGCAUAAGUCGCACCUGCAGCACCCGCUAACCCUAAUUCCGUCUCCGCCGUACAGCGACGGGUUCACCUGCAACGCGUGCCUCAAGGACGGGAAGGCGUUUGCCUACACGUGCGCGACGUGCUCGUACGACCUGCACAUAGACUGCGUCCAGUGGCCGGAGAAGGUGACGCGGCAGGACCACGGGCACGCGCUGACCCUCUAUUACUCGUCACCGGCGGCGGAGACGAGCCAGGACGUGACGUUCAUGUGCGAUGCGUGUCAGAAUCCGGUUCACGAGAUGGCGUGGGUGUACUACUGUCGCGAGUGCGAUUUCGGGACGCAUUUGGAGUGCGUGACGUCUGGGGUCAAGCAGGAUAAUGGAGGCGGCGGUGGUGGCGGAGGUGAGAAGAGUGAGGAGGAGUUGAUUAGGGAAGCUGAGCUUAAGUAUGCUGUACUUCAGCUUUUGAUGGGAGCUCAGGGCCGAAUGGCAGCCCUCCAACUCAUUUGA